GGGCGUACACUUUGGCUGCGGCCGGGCAAAACGUACCUCUUUGGGAGGACGGCAUCGGAGCCUGGCCAGCUAGUACUUUCGCACAACACCAUCUCGCGCAAACACCUGACAAUCACGGUCGACCCCGUUACCGAAGGACACGCGCACAAUCUCUCAAGCCGGUCCAAGAUCAAGAUCGAAGACCUCGCGACUAAGAUAGGCACGGUGGUCAAUGGGCAGAAGAUCAAAGGAGAGGUUUACGAUGUCCAGGUCGAGGAAUAUGAGAUCAUGCUGGGCAAGUGCUCAGACUCGUUCAGUCUGAGAUGGGAUCCAAAGGUCUUCACCUUCUCGUUUACGAACAAAGAGCUGCAGACGCAGCCACUGACCUCGCUCAAAGAACGAUUCGAGCAGCUAGAUAUCAAGCUGUUGACGGACUACAGCGUGAAGCACACGACACACGUCAUAUCGAAGAAGCGAAAUACAGCAAAGGGCUUGCAGGCUCUCAUCAACGGCAAAUACAUCGUCACGGAGUCCUUCCUCGAUGCAAUAUCCGCCGCAACAGAACUCUCUGGCGGCGCGGACAGCCAAGAGCCGAGCUCUUUAGAGACGGACUUUUACAGAUUUUGGCCCAAUGAGAUGGAGCAUCUGCCGCCGCGGGGUAGUGAACCAGUGCAGCACCCGGACGAACUGUAUGCGCCUGACAGCGGGAGGAAGGGCGUCUUUGAAGGAUAUACCUUCAUCUUCUACAACCAGAUUCAGUAUGAUAACCUCAUGGCGCCGAUCACAAACGGGGGCGGCAAGGCCAUGUUGCAUCCCAUCCAGCCGGAAGAGACGCGGCCCGAUGAUUUCCUUGUUGGCUGGUACACCGAAUUCAUCACCGCGGUCUCGCUGCUGUUAGACCACAGGCCUAUUGAACAAAAUGAGUUUCUAGAAGCGAUUCUGAUCAAGGAUGCGAGCCGAUUGCGACGACCAUUGGAGGUAGAGUCCUCCCUCAGGUCCCAGGAUGCUCAGCCUGCAGAAAGUGCACAGUCGGAGCGAAUCACUCAACCAAACUCGGAGAGCCAAAUGACAGCAGGGGUGAAUGAGCUUUCUCAAGAAAUUAGUUUUCAGCCCCUUCCGCGGCGCAGCAAGAUGCGAAGACCAGUCAAGAGGAGGUUUGCGGGCUUUGACGACGACGACGACGAUGAAGUGCCUAUAGAGGAAACGCCUCCGCCCCCUGCCCAAGCCGCAGCGAGACAGCAAUCGCAAGCGCAGGAGGACGAAGGAGGGUUGUUUGUGUCACAAGAGGAUGAUGCUCCAUUGGCGCCCGACACCCAGCAUGGCACCUUUCGGUCACAGAGAAAGAGAGCACCUUCCCCUGUACCAGAAGCUGAUCUGAUGGAGGGCAUGGCGCCGGCUGUGGCAAAGUUCAAACGGCAACGUCUCGAAAGGGGAGGACGCUUUGCUGAGCCUUCGCCUGAACCUGCGCCGGAGGAACGUGAAAAAGCAGAGCCAACCAGCGAAAAGAAGAAGAAGAAGGUCAAGGAAGAGAUAGACGUCCUGGCCUUGGCUGCGAAGAACCGCGAAGAGGCGGAAGCCCGGGCUCGAGCCGAGGCCGAGGACCUGGCCCACCUACCAGAGGACAUCGACCUGGCCGAAAUACGUCGGCUUCACAUUGUGGAGGAGAUUCAACCUCGCCCCGCAGACAGGGCUUCGGACAGGACGAGGGAACAGGACAUUGCCGACGGGCGAUGGAACCCCAAGUGGAACGGCAUGAAGAACUUUAAAAAGUUCCGCAAAAGGGGCGAGGCAACGGGAAGGCAGCCCGCCCGGGUCAUUGUCGCCCUCACCGAGGUCAAGGCCAAGGAGUUUGGAGUCGGCGACAACUACUGGCUGGAAGAUGUCAGUAGUGACCGCAGAAGGGCGACGAGCCAGCGCUCUGCCGUGGGCGCCGGCGAGGCAAGGAACUCCAACUCCCCCUUUGUGGAGCCGUCGCUGCCGACGACGACAUCGCGUGGUGCCUCUUCGGCGCGGGUUAUUAUUGCCUCUGAUGGUAGCGACGAAGAGGAAGGAGCAGAAGCAACGCCGGAGGCGUCGUCUGCCAGAGCUGCGGCGUCGAGAAGAGGUGGAAGUAGGGAGGAGUCGCAGAGGGGCACACGGAGCCAGCUCACCGGCGGACAGUCUCGGGCGACGAGUCAAGCGAAGAGGGCGGCCACGGAGCCUGCGGCAGCUAGGGACGCGCCGCCGCCGAAGAGGUCGAGGGUGGCGCCGAAGCUGCUGGAGGUUGGAGAUAGCGAUGAUAGCGACGACGAGCUCAAGUUUAGAUUUGGCAAGAGACGGUAA